AUGCCGACGCCAAGACGCGAAUACCUUAGCCUUUUCCUCGCAAACUCGAGCGAAUCCAACGUCCGCGGGCGCCCCGAUUUCCACUCCCCUUGGAUUGGCGUCCCGCGUCGGGGUGAAGCCGGUGCGAACAUCUUUGUCAAAAAGGAGCAUGGCGAACCUUUUUCCGUGUCAAUUGUGCACAAGCACAAGGAAUACGACCGUGUAGAGAACGUCCGCAAAGUAUAUCUCCGAACAGAUAUAGAGAUGUGCUCCGUCGGAAUUUACCACUCGCUAUUCGAUUUUGAGAAGGGUGAAUCAGAACAGGUAGUCGCCAUCCUAGCGGACGGAACGAGGCGUCAGUGGGCAGCAACACUAGGCGAGGUCAAGGCCCCCGACUUGCGGACCCUCGAAGUACACUUGUCCCCCCAGCCCGAAAGAAACCUUCUACUGGAACACAAGCUCGUACUCAUCGAUUCGCUCAACACGAUGAUGAAUCUGGCUAGGUCAAAGGGAGAUCGUGUCCAGGCUAGUGAUAUGAUAGACGUGACCCUACCCCUAUUUCGUGCCCUUGCCGCUGAGUUAGCGCCGUAG